CUAGCUUGAAGUUCAACAACAAGUUUUGCCAUGAAAUUCGCAUGGCUUACCACUCUGAUCGCGUCUGCCGCAUUGAUGACUGGCGUAGCUAUCGCAUCUGAGGAUCUCACGACAAACCCCCAGAACCAACCCUGCAACAACGCUAAUCGAGCAGGAUGCUCACACGGCAUAAAAGGAUUUAACAAUGGAAACGAUUUCGGGUAUUUCUGUGGAUCUAAUGGAAAAAUCGCAUCUUAUGAGACCUGUCAAUGUCACAACUGCUGUCUGGUGGUAAACGGAGGGGAUGGCUACAUCUGCGGACUUGCAUGAAUCCAACGUGCCCGAGUAAGCCUGUCCUUCCUCGUUUCCUUCUUAGUCCGAGCGUUGAUGUGCUUGCUUUCGCUAGCACAAUUAGCAUGAUGCAUUCAUUGAAGAGGGCGUGAAGGAGUGUUGUAGCUGGCAUGAAGUUCUAGAGCCAAUCGAAU